AUGGUGCAGCGGACUUCCACCGCCGAAGUGAUGUCCAUGGACCUCAGCCCAAAGAAACCCAACAAGCUCUACGGCAGCGACGGCGGCGCCUACUACAACUGGUCCCCCGCCGACCUGCCCAUGCUCGGCGCUGCCUCCAUUGGCGCCGCCAAGCUCUGCCUCUCCGCCGGGGGCCUUGCCCUGCCCAGCUACUCCGACUCUGCCAAGGUCGCCUACGUCCUCCAAGGCAAACUCCCAUGCAAUGCAGGAAAGGGUACGUGCGGCGUGGUUCUGCCGGAGGCGACCAAGGAGAAGGUGAUCCCCGUCAAGGAGGGUGACUCGCUCGCGCUCCCUUUCGGCGUCGUCACCUGGUGGCAUAACGCGCACGCCGCCAGCUCCUCCGACGACCUCGCGGUCCUCUUCCUCGGCGACACGUCCACGGGCCACAAGCGGGGCCAGUUCACCAACUUCCAGCUCACCGGCUCCACGGGCAUCUUCACCGGCUUUUCCACCGAGUUCGUCGCCCGCGCAUGGGACCUCACCCAGGCCGCCGCCGCCGAGCUCGUCUCCGCCCAGCCCAGCGCCGGCAUCAUCAGGGUCAAGGACGGGCACCGGAUGCCCCCGGCCCGCGACGAGGACAGGGAGGGCUUGGUCCUCAACUGCCUGGAGGCGCCGCUCGACGUCGACAUCAAGAACGGAGGCCGCGUCGUCGUCCUCAACACCCGGAACCUGCCGCUCGUGGAGGAGGUCGGGCUCGGCGCCGACCUCGUCAGGAUCGACGCGCACUCCAUGUGCUCGCCCGGGUUCUCCUGCGACUCCGCCUACCAGGUCACCUACAUCGUGCGCGGCAGUGGCCGCGUCCAGAUUGUUGGGAUCGACGGCACGCGGGUGCUGGAGACCCGCGCCGAGGGAGGCUGCCUCUUCAUCGUGCCCAGGUUCUUCGUUGUCUCUAAGAUCGCCGACGAAACUGGAAUGGAGUGGUUCUCCAUCAUCACCACCCCCAACCCAAUCUUUAGCCACUUGGCGGGCAGGACAUCGGUGUGGAAGGCAAUAUCUCCUGCGGUUCUGGAGGCGUCGUUCAACACCACGCCGGAGAUGGAGAAGCUGUUCCGUUCCAAGAGGCUUGACUCGGAGAUCUUCUUCGCGCCUUCAUCAAAUUAA